AAAGCACAAGAAUAUCCAACGGCUCACAUUGAAUCUCGCUCUUCCAUAAAAUGACCAUUUCUGUGUUUUUUUUUUUAAAACAGAAUCAUUCACUCCCAUUUUGCUACUUUCUCUCUCAAUCUCAAUUGAGGCAAUAGAAGAUGGCUGAUGCUGAGGACAUUCAACCCCUUGUCUGUGACAAUGGAACUGGAAUGGUCAAGGCUGGGUUUGCUGGAGAUGAUGCUCCACGUGCUGUAUUUCCCAGCAUUGUUGGCCGUCCUCGUCACACUGGCGUGAUGGUUGGUAUGGGCCAGAAAGAUGCAUAUGUUGGUGAUGAGGCUCAGUCCAAGAGGGGUAUUUUGACUUUGAAAUAUCCAAUUGAGCAUGGUAUUGUAAGCAACUGGGAUGACAUGGAAAAGAUCUGGCAUCAUACAUUUUAUAAUGAGCUUCGUGUUGCCCCAGAAGAGCACCCUGUACUUCUAACUGAAGCUCCUCUGAACCCCAAGGCUAAUCGUGAAAAGAUGACCCAAAUCAUGUUUGAGACCUUCAAUACUCCUGCUAUGUAUGUUGCCAUUCAGGCUGUUCUAUCCUUGUAUGCCAGUGGUCGCACAACAGGUAUCGUGUUAGACUCUGGUGAUGGUGUCAGCCACACAGUUCCCAUUUACGAGGGUUAUGCCCUCCCACAUGCCAUCCUUCGUCUUGACCUGGCUGGUCGUGACCUUACUGAUGCCUUGAUGAAGAUCCUCACUGAGCGUGGAUACUCUUUCACCACCACAGCUGAAAGAGAAAUUGUGAGGGACAUGAAGGAAAAACUAUCUUAUAUAGCUCUUGACUACGAGCAGGAGCUGGAGACCUCCAAAACUAGCACAACAGUUGAGAAGAGCUAUGAGCUGCCUGAUGGUCAGGUCAUCACCAUUGGUGCUGAGCGUUUCCGUUGCCCUGAGGUUCUCUUCCAACCAUCCAUGAUAGGAAUGGAAGCUGCAGGCAUUCAUGAGACCACUUAUAACUCCAUCAUGAAGUGUGAUGUAGAUAUCAGGAAAGAUCUGUAUGGUAACAUUGUGCUCAGUGGUGGUUCGACCAUGUUCCCUGGAAUUGCUGAUAGAAUGAGCAAGGAAAUCUCUGCACUAGCCCCAAGCAGCAUGAAAAUCAAGGUCGUUGCACCCCCAGAGAGGAAAUACAGUGUCUGGAUUGGUGGUUCUAUCUUGGCUUCACUCAGCACCUUCCAGCAGUGCAGAUGUGGAUUGCAAAGGCAGAAUAUGAUGAAUCUGGGCCAUCAAUUGUGCAUAGGAAGUGUUUCUAAAUGUUUCAAGAUUAGGAUUGUUGGAAGGGAAAAAAAUUACUUUUUUUGUUUAUUGGAAAGAAGGGGGUAGCUUGCCGCCCUUUCCAUUCAAGCUUUAUUGUCCUUCUAUGUUUUUGGAGUAAUGAAUUUGAGAAGGUGCCUAGUUGAUUUGCCAAAAAAUGGUCCAAUUCUUUCAUUUUUGUUAUUCUGAGAGGUUUUUCUUUUGACUCUUUUGCUCUGCAAUCUGUGCCCUAAAUCCCGUUUAUGGGUUUUGGUGGGUUCUUAAAUAAUUUACCACUAUGAGGUGGGUUUUUGGGA